UUAAAGUCAUCAGACAGAAUGGCUCUUCUGAUCGCUCUGCUCAUGAUAGUGGGAGCUUUUGGAACAGAGUGGAGUGUGAAGUACAACCAACAGGAAAUCUGUGCUUUAAAUGGAUCCACAGUGUUUAUGAACGCAACUUUUACUCUCCCAGAAGGUCUCACAGUGAAUGAGAUUUUCUGGACCAUUCCAGUUCCAGGGGUGGAGCCGACUGAUCUGAGUAAAGACCCAGUUUAUUCAGGCAGAGUCGAGUGUUUAACUGAUGAUCAGAAACGCUUCUCCCUCAAACUGAGUGAUGUGAUGAAGAAGGAUGAACAUCAGUUCUGCUUCAGAAUCAUAACAAAUGUAGAAAAAGAAAGAUGGCUGGGUAAACCUGGAGUUCAGCUCAGAGUUACAGAGCUCCAUGUAGAAGCUCCUGAAGAAGCGACCGAGGGAGAAACAGCAGAUCUGACAUGUAAGACCACCUGCAGUCUGACUGACCCAACAUUCAUCUGGUACAAAAAUGGACGUCCUUUAACCACAAAGACCAUCAAGAACAACCAGCUCCACCUACAGAUGGUCAGCAGUGAGGAUGCAGGCAGUUAUAGCUGUGCUGUAAGAGGAUCUCAACACCUCCGAUCUACUGCUCACAGCCUCAGAGUCAGAUAUCCUCCAAAGAACGUUUCAGUGUCCAUCAGUCCCUCUGGUGAAAUAGUGGAGGGCAGUUCAGUGACUCUGACCUGCAGCAGUGAUGCAAACCCACCUGUGAAGAACUACACCUGGUUUAAAGAAGGUGAAACCUCACCUGUGGGAUCUGGACAGAAUUACAGCAUCAUCAGCAUCACUGCUGACCACACUGGACUGUACUACUGUGAAGCUCAGAAUGACCAUGGAGCUGAGAGGUCAGAUGGAGUGCCGGUGUUUUUUAAAGGCUACCCCCUGAUUCUGUAUGUAGCUGUUGGAUUCGGAGUUUGCAUGAUUACAGUUUUUCUCACUGUAGUUUUGUGGAGGAGAUCUUCUGAGAGCAGGAGAAAGAGGCAGGACAGAAAUACAGAUCAACCAAUCUAUGCGAAUGAAGGCCAAACAGACCACAGCGCCCAUCCACCCCCUGAAGACGAGUCCAGUGUAUACGCGAAUGUUGCUGCUGCUGUGAUGAGGUCAUUGAGAACGGCUCCUCCUCUUCCUCUGGUCUUUCUGCUCAUAACUGCUGGUGAGUCAGUGUUUGUUGUGGUUUGUGGUUUCUCUCAGAAUCAGCUCAGUGGUGUAGAGUAG